GGUCUACGUCGAAGAAAGGGAUACUCCGGGACUCCGCCGGUGCCCGGUAGGGUUCCGCGUCCAAGGAGAAGAGCAGAGCUCUCGGACCUCGGUUGGGAUAGGCGAUGGCGAUGCUCCGACAUGUCGCCGGCCUGGCGCUCCGUCGAUCGGCAACUUCACCUGGUGCCGUGGUGGCGCGCUCCUUCGGCAGCCCUGGAUGCAGCGGCCCCACCGCCGGCCUCGCGCUCCUCCAGCGGCCAGCACCUCCACCUGCUGCUGCUGCGGCGGCAGCCUCUCGCUUCUUCAGCAACGGCAAAUCCAGUAACACUAAAUCCGCGCUUGACAAGCGUAUGGAGGAAACCAAAGAAGCUCUGUACCCAAGGAAGAUGCACACCCACGACUCGGCUGCCAAGAUACGCAUAGUGAUGAAAUCUUUCAAUAACCAAAAGAACAAUCUGACGGGGCUUGCACCGUACACUCAGAAGAUUGGGUUGCCUGAAUCACGAUCCUUGUACACCGUGUUACGAUCACCUCAUAUUGAUAAGAAGUCCAGAGAGCAAUUUUCCAUGCAUGUGAAGAAAGUAUUUGUGGUAAAGAAGGCAGAGACACACGAAUUGGCAAAGAAGUUUUUCUGGUUAAAACGGAUGCGUAUAAUGGGUGCUCAGUAUGAAAUCCAUAUUAGUUUCAAGACCCGUUUGGAUAAAAAGAUUGGCUGCAGCAAAGGUGGUGGCCUGCUUCGACAGUAGUUCCAAGACAAAACUGGAGGUGGGCACAGAAAAAAAGGAGGCUGCCUGCUUGUGUUGUAGGUACUAGAGCAGCUUCAGGUGGUCUGGCUUGAGUUUAAGCCAUACACAAGCUAUCCAAGCUAACAGUAUGUGGCAUGUCAUUACCAUCGUCAUAUCUGUUGAGGAUGUAGCAGUAUCAAAUGUACUAGCCAUCCAUCUGUGUCAAAGAUGACGAUAAUAAUAUGUGGGGAAGAGGAUGGAGCAUGUCCAGCUACAUUCUACAUCAUCUCAAUCUGCCUGUUGGCGUGAAUGUGCUGAUAGAUCAACAACUGCGACCGAAUAGUUUUGUCAUAUUUUUUCUGCUCUUUUUUUCAUUUUAUUUGAAUAAUAGGAAGUUUGAGAGAGAAUUCGGGUACUAUAGGCAAGACGAUGACCAUAUAUAACAUAAGACUUCUCCCCCGAUUUUGUUUA